AUGUCAUCUGCUUUCAUCAAAACACCACUGCUCGAGCAAGCUUUUGCUUGUGCACGGAAUUUGAGCGGCGAAACUAGCCCCCGCUUCUUUCUGAAAUAUGAGUUUCUUCAGCCCAGCGGGAGCUUCAAAAGUAGGGGUAUUGGGAAUUUGAUUUCGAAGAAAGCCGAAACGAUAAAACUUGGCGGAACAAAAACUCCCCACGUCUUUGCCAGUUCUGGGGGGAAUGCAGGCCUAGCGGCAGCCACUACAUGCAAAAAGCUUUCUAUACCAUGCAGUGUGGUUGUUCCUCAGACAACAAACUCUCGAAUGGUGGAAAGAAUAAAGAACCUUGGUGCAGAUGUUUUAAUACAUGGAAGGCACUGGAAAGAUGCUGAUACUCAUUUGAGAGAACGAGUCAUGAAAAAUCUCGAUAUUUCAAGGUUUCAGGCCAUUUACGCGCAUCCAUUCGACCAUGAACUUAUUUGGGAAGGACACUCAACCAUUGUGGAUGAAAUUUUAGAUACGUUGAAGCAACAGCAUGUUUCUAUCGACAAAGUAAAGGGUUUGGUAUGCAGCAUUGGUGGUGGCGGACUUUACAACGGAAUAAUGGAGGGUUUGAAAAAGCACAGCCUUGAAUGGAGUAUACCUGUGAUUGGUGUAGAGACAGUUGGAUGUCAAGUGCUCAAUCAUUCUCUGAGUAAGGGCAAGCAGCUUGAGUUUGACAAUGUUUACUCGAUUGCGACCUCUAUUGGAACUAAUUCAAUAUCAAAAAAGACCUUCGAAAAUGCUGUUCAAUUUGGAUUGCGCUCCGUUGUGCUAACAGACGCGGAAGUCAUUGAGACCUGUCUCAAAUUUGCGGACGACACAAAUAUCAUUCCAGAGCCUGCAUGUGGCGCGGCAUUACAUCUCGCUUAUAAUCCACAAAUACUGCAUAGAGCGCUCAAAAAGCAACUAUCAUCGGAAGAUGUUAUAAUCGUUAUUGGUUGCGGGGGGUCUGCAAGCUCUUACAGUGAUUUACUGUUGCAUUCUAAUGCAAGUAGAGUUGUGAAGUCAAUCUCGUGA